CUUCUUCUCACUUACUUGAUUGUUUUUCCCAGGCUCUUCCAGUCCUUUUCAUCCCAACUUCUCCGAGUCUUGGCCUUUGUACGGCCAUCCUCUACAUUUCAUGGGGGACAAAGGACAGGAUACAGUUGUACAGCUGGCUGAGCAACUGUUGGAGGGUUUCGUCUCUCUAAGUGCAGAAUACCAACUGCUGUUUGACCAGCAGCGACAGCUGGAGAACAAGCUGUCAUGGGCAAAGCAACAGUACCUUGACAGCCUGAAGCGUCACACACCUUCAACCCUUUCGCAAGACCACCUUGUGUUCCUCCAGGACCUCGAGCGCGCCGGUGCCGAGCUACCCCGCUCGCAGGUCGAUUGGGUGGAACAGCUUGCACAAAGUGAUGACAUUGAAGGGCGAGGUCGGGCAUCACUCAUUCGUCAAGCUGAAAAUGCUGCGGUGAAGCUGCGGAGUACCACUGCGAAUGAUGGAGUGAAGAUAUGGAACGGUCCAUCCGCCGAUGGCAAACAGCGGCCGCCGCUGCGUAUACAAUCAGAUAUUUCUUCUCUCGAAAAGGACUUCACCACAACAGGAACACCCAGUAAGCUUGGGUGUCCAUUUGCAGCGCGGAGUGGCAGACAAAGUCCACUCGCAACACCUCGAAGUUCCACUUCGCGAAUGAGCUUUUCGGGCCGACGCUCGAAACGGCCCUCGUUCACGGAUCCUAUACGAGCCGAGAUAUGUGGAAACGACCACCAAGCAUCGCCUACUGCCUCUGUAGAUGGGUCAGCGGCGGUGUGUCCAAUUCGCUUCUUGGACCAGCAUGCGCCAGAAGAGGUUGCGAAGUACUUCGAGAACCACAAACAUGAGAUCCCGAGAAGCCAUGAAGUUUGCAUCAAACGAUUCCAGAGCAACACCGAAAGCAUACAGCAGCUGGAUAGAAAGUACGGAAACAUGGUCAGCAUGAUUCAAGGCCUCGGUCAAAAGCAUCAAGAAUAUCUACCACCAGAGCCGGAAGAAGACGAGGAGCCCGAAACCGAAGCUCACACGGAACAUAAGGUCCAGAAGUGGGCGAAGGCAGUUUCUGCUAGCUUGCAAAACCUUACGCCAGAAGAGGCAGAGUCUAAAUCGCCAGAGAGUGCCCCUGGAGAAGCACGGACUGCUCACUUCGAUCGACCUAUGAAGGAAGUACGAGUCGGAGAAUCCCCAAGCCGACCGUGGGGCAUCUCCAUUCCAGCGAAGUACACCAACGCAGAGAGCUCUUCAUCCGUUGGAUCUGCUCCAACCGCGUCGCCUGCCCUUCCGAUUGACUCUAUCCCUCCACCAUCUUCAAUGCCCGCUGCUGUGCAGACAGAGAACCCCAAGCCGUCGAAAUGCCCCUUUGAUCACCGAGCAAUGGGAAUGAUGUCCGGCAUGCCCCACGCCGUCGAUGCCAACCAUACAAGCACACCGAUGGCAGAUGCCACUGAUCCAAGAGUUCCCCCCGAACCUGAGCCCAUUGAUAUCCCAGCGCAUGAAACUACAUCUAGCCCGCCCCCUGAACGGCCGCCUUUGAAUGACCAACCGAAGCAUGAGAGCGAUUCGUCCCCUAAAAUGAUACCACAGUUGGUCUUCAACGGACCCGUCUUUCUUGGAUACCCACCCGAUCAACUGAUGAUGAUCCUGCAGAACAGCAAUCUCGGCGGAACAAUGAGAUGAUUGAUAUCUCCGCAGCAGCAUAUACUAACUCGUAUCGCAUUUGUAUAGCAAGGUGUUCAGGAGUUGCAUUUAUUUGUCUAUGUUCAGGUGAACUAUGGGUAAUAAAGGUAGUGUACUCAAACUACCUCGUUUUUUGUUUGUUCAUUUACGUCGUGGUUGCGUCUCGUGUGUUCUUCGUGACUGUCCUAUUUCUACAUGUUUGCUGUAGAUUUGCAAUAGGUGGUUGCAGCACUCUAGGCUGACUUACGCCUGGUCCCGCGGGCAUGUGUCCCUUGAAAGGAUUAUAUGACUUGACUUGUUCGUUCAGCAUACUUCCUUUCUUACGAGGUGGCUCAUUUAGUCUUGGGCUCUGUCAUCCACGUUCGGACUGCUUUGGCGCUUUCGUGCGCAUCUCGAAACA